CCCGUUUCUUUCAGCCGUUUUUUUCCCUUGCUUAGCAUUUCAAAUGGAUCCACACCGCACAUGUGCAGGUGGAGUGUUCUGCGGCCAGGGAUCAUCGGCCGCACUAACGAAAUGGGAGCAUCUCUUUUACGCCUUCUUUCAACUGAUAGCUGUCUUCUUGCUUCCCAAGGCCUGCGCGGCACACUAUGCCGCCAGCGGAGGGUCAAGGACCGGUGGCAGAGCCCAUCGUCCGCAAACUAGGGUUCUCAAGGAAGCGUCACAACCCAUCGUCCGCCGAAGGAGCCGCCCUCGAUGUCAAUCUGCAUAUGGUAAAGUUCGGAAUCCUUCACUGGCUUGUUCUGCUUCCAAGAAGAAAAUAGGUUUCAUGGAUCAAAUUCUUGACUGUAUUGAAGUGACCCUUUGGAAGAAGUAAUAACAACUACAAUAGUGAACAACAUGGCUCCAGUCCUUCAAAACUAUGCAAUCUAUGCCUCUAUGAUUUCUUCAGUUUGUGAGGGGCGGAGCUGGGGGUCAGGGUGGUCAGUCGACCCGCUAAAGGUUUGAGAGUAUAGAGCUUUGAAAUAUCUUCGAUUUGAUACAUUAUGGCCCCGUAACUCAUUACGAGUAAAAAGUUAUAACUUCUAGAAAAUCAGCACUAUGUAAACGCAAAAUCGGCAAAAUUUGAUGCAUGCUAUAAAUUAUUUUCCCAAAUUUUAAAAAUAAAAUAUAAUUCACUCAAUAUUUACG